AUGUCGCCGCAUCGCCAGGAAACUUGGGGAUACCACGGCGUCUGCGCACGCCCCUCCGGCGGCUUCUCCGCCCAGAUCCGGUUCUGCGGGAUGCGCCUCGACCUCGGCAAUUUUGACACCGCCAACAAGGCCUCCCAUGCAUACGACACGGUGGUGUGGCGCCUCCGGUGGCCUCAGAGAACAUGGAACUUCCUCAACAUGCUGACGCGGGAGCGGGCACAGGAGCUCGUGCCUCUUUCACGGCUUAGCACCGACGAGGAUCGUCGUAACAACCGGAGGCGGGAGCACUGUCUCGGCAUCACCGAGAUGGACGACGAAGCCAUGGCGUUGUGGCGCCAAUGCUUCCCGCAGGACAUCAUCAAUGAGCGUGAGUUCUACGCGCAAAGGAGGGCGGAGAGGGAGAAGAGGAGGGCGGAGCAAGACGCCUAUCGCGAGGAUAAGCGUACACGAAAAGCGGACGCUCAAUUCAACAUGAGGCUAGGAGCAGCGUCACCCUGGGAAUCUGACGACAAUCGGUAUCUUCAUGCCUACAUUCAAACUUCAGAGGAGGACAUCACCAAGGAGGAGUCGGACGAGGAGUAG